CUGUAUCUAGCCUCUUCAUUCUGAGCCCUUACUGUAUCUGUACCAACUCAUACGCGAUCACCUCCAAAGUCUUUAUUUCUGAUCAUGGGCCGAACACGAACCAAGACCCGUAAAACGAAACCUCCUGUCGUCGAAGUCCAGGAAAAAGCCACAUCCACUUCACAGUCACAACCCUCCGUAUCCUCCCUCAUCGAAAAAGCCCAGGAGCUCAUUGUACAGUGUGACUAUGAACUAGCUGGAAGAUUUGUUCAGCGUGUAUUGGAGAGGUCCCCAGACCAUGCGGAAGCACUUGAAAUGAUGGGGGUUGUACAGCUUGAGACGGGAGAGCUCGAUGCUGCAAAGGAGACCUUCCUAUCGUUAAUUUCACCACAAUCACCACAACCUCCACCUCCAGCCGCCUACCUUUACCUGGCUCAAUUGAGCGUCGAAGAUCCUCAGGAAGCAUUGCAAUAUUACAGAGCGGCAGUUGACAUCCUAUCCAUCCAACUCCAGGGAAAAGAGCGAGCCGUCGACUCGGCUGCAAAAAAUGAAGACGAACAAGAGACGAGGCGGACGAUUGUGAGAGCACUGAUUGGGCAAGUCGAAAUUUGGAUGGACCCAGAAUACGAACUGUGUUUUGACCCAGCAGCGGAGAAGACAUGCGAAGAUCUGCUAGAGUUGGCAUUGCAGACAGAUCCGGAUAACGUCGAAGCGCUGCAAUCGUUAGCUUCCGUGCGCAUGUCACAACAACGGCCGGAUGACGCAAAAUCAUUACUUGAAAAGUCCUGGAAUUCCUGGAAGAAUCUCGAGAAUGAUGACCCACGGCUGCCACCAAUACCCUCCCGUCUUGCCCUCACAAAACUCUUCCUCGAGCUCGAACUCUUCACACCUGCGCUUCUCGUCCUGACGGGCAUCAUGGCAGCAGACGACGAAGAAGUCGAGGCAUGGUACCUUGAGGGAUGGUGUUUCUUCAUGAUGGCGGAGAUGGCUCACGAACAAGGUGGAACGAUGGAUGAAUUGAGCUGGGAGACUUUGGCACAGGAUUCGAGGGAUUGUUUGGAGACGUGUAAAACGCUUCACAUGAAUCAAGAGCAUCCAGAUUUACCAUUAUUGGAGCACGUAAGUGAGCUGAUAGAGAAGUUGGAGGAGUUGGGCGUGAAGGCUUCGCCUGAGGAGGAAGGUCAGGAGGAAGGUGGAGAUUGGGAGGACAUGGAGGAUAGUGAUGACGAUGAGGAUAUCGAAAUGUCAUAGAGGUUUUUGGAACGGUUACCCGUCUCUCUCAGUCGACAUGGUCUUUUUAGGUCUCUGCCUGGACUCAUCCGUGGCCGUGGAGGAUCACCGAUAAAAGAUUUCCUUGGGUUUGCGACUCGUGAUACCGUUAAAGCGUUACACCUCUAUUGUCAUCCCGCACGCACACACGCCACAGCUUUGGACAAUGC